AUGGCGGACACCGACCUGUUUAUGGAAUGUGAGGAGGAGGAGCUGGAGCCGUGGCAGAAAAUCAGCGAUGUCAUUGAGGAUUCUGUAGUUGAAGAUUAUAAUUCAGUGGAUAAAACGACUACAGUUUCUGCGAACCAGCAGCCAGUCUCAGCUCCAGUGCCCAUCGCUGCCCAUGCUUCUGUCGCUGGGCACCUCUCUACACCCACCACCGUCAGCAGCAGCGGGGCACAGAACAGCGACAGCACCAAGAAGACUCUUGUCACACUAAUUGCCAACAACAAUGCUGGCAAUUCUUUGGUCCAACAAGGCGGACAGCCGCUCAUCCUAACCCAGAAUCCAGCCCCAGGUCUGGGCACAAUGGUCAGUCAACCAGUACUGAGGCCUGUCCAGGUCAUGCAGAAUGCCAAUCAUGUGACUAGUUCUCCUGUGGCCUCACAACCCAUUUUCAUCACUACUCAGGGAUUUCCUGUAAGAAAUGUUCGGCCUGUACAAAAUGCAAUGAAUCAGGUUGGGAUUGUGCUGAACGUACAGCAAGGCCAAACGGUUAGACCAAUUACACUAGUCCCAGCCCCAGGUACCCAGUUUGUUAAGCCGACAGUUGGAGUCCCACAAGUGUUCUCCCAGAUGACCCCAGUGAGGCCCGGCUCCACCAUGCCUGUGCGGCCCACCACCAACACCUUCACCACCGUCAUCCCGGCCACACUCACCAUUCGCAGCACUGUCCCCCAGUCCCAGGCCCAGCAGACCAAGUCCACUCCCAGCACUUCCACCACUCCCACAACCACACAGCCAACCUCACUGGGGCAACUCGCUGUUCAGCCGCCAGGCCAAGCCAACCAGACCUCGAAUCCCAAGCUAGCUCCCUCCUUCCCCUCUCCACCUGCAGUGAGCAUUACCAGCUUUGUCACUGUGAAGCGACCUGGGGUUACAGGUGAAAAUAGCAAUGAAGUGGCCAAACUGGUGAAUACCCUUAACACCAUCCCUUCCCUGGGCCAGAGUCCCGGGCCAGUGGUGGUAUCCAACAACAACUCUUCCCAGGGCUCUCAGAGAACCAGCGGACCUGAGUCUUCAAUGAAAGUGACCUCUUCCAUCCCUGCGUUUGAUCUCCAAGAUGGUGGCCGCAAAAUGUGUCCACGGUGUAAUGCUCAAUUCCGUGUAACUGAAGCUUUGAGAGGUCACAUGUGUUACUGCUGCCCAGAAAUGGUUGAAUUCCACAAGAAAGGGAAGUCUCUGGAUUCAGAACCCAAUGCGCCAUCCGCAGCAAAGCCCUCAUCCCCUGAGAAAACAGUUCCCGUUGCUUCCACGCCCUCUUCAACACCAAUUCCUGCUCUGUCACCACCUACCAAAGGACCAGAGCCAAAUGAGAGCGCGGGUGAUGCUGUCCAGACCAAGCUCAUUAUGCUCGUAGAUGACUUCUACUACGGACGGGACGGUGGCAAAGUAGCCCAACUCACAAACUUCCCUAAGGUCGCUACAUCUUUCCGAUGCCCACAUUGUACCAAAAGGCUAAAAAACAACAUUCGAUUCAUGAACCAUAUGAAACACCAUGUAGAACUUGAUCAGCAGAAUGGUGAAGUGGAUGGUCAUACUAUCUGCCAACACUGUUACCGCCAGUUUUCCACUCCCUUCCAGCUCCAGUGCCACUUGGAAAAUGUUCAUAGUCCUUAUGAAUCAACUACCAAAUGCAAGAUCUGUGAGUGGGCAUUUGAGAGUGAGCCACUAUUUCUGCAGCAUAUGAAGGAUACUCAUAAGCCUGGAGAGAUGCCUUAUGUUUGCCAGGUGUGUCAGUACCGCUCCUCACUCUACUCCGAGGUAGACGUCCAUUUCCGGAUGAUCCACGAGGACACUCGGCAUCUGCUGUGCCCGUACUGUCUGAAGGUCUUCAAAAAUGGCAACGCAUUCCAGCAGCACUACAUGAGGCACCAGAAGAGGAACGUGUAUCACUGCAACAAAUGCCGGCUGCAGUUCCUCUUCGCCAAGGACAAGAUUGAACACAAGCUUCAGCACCAUAAGACCUUCCGUAAACCCAAGCAGCUGGAAGGCUUGAAACCAGGCACCAAGGUGACAAUCCGGGCUUCCCGAGGGCAGCCUCGAAGUCUCCCUGUCUCCGGUGAAGCUCCGCCCAGCACCUUGCAGGAGGCAGGACCCCUGACCUCGUCAUCGGACCCUCUGCCAGUCUUCCUUUACCCCCCCGUCCAGCGCAACAUCCAGAAGAGAGCCGUGAGGAAAAUGAGUGUCAUGGGCCGGCAGACGUGUCUGGAGUGCAGCUUCGAGAUCCCAGAUUUCCCGAACCAUUUUCCUACGUAUGUCCACUGCUCUCUGUGUCGCUACAGCACCUGCUGUUCUCGAGCUUAUGCCAAUCACAUGAUCAACAAUCAUGUUCCACGGAAGAGCUCCAAGUAUUUGGCUUUAUUUAAAAACUCUGUGAGCGGAAUCAAGCUGUACUGCACUUCCUGUACCUUUGUUACCUUCGUGGGAGAUGCCAUGGCCAAGCAUUUGGUAUUCAAUCCCUCUCACAGAUCCAGCAGCAUUCUGCCACGAGCACUCUCUUGGAUGUCUCACUCGAGGCAUGGCCAGACCCGGGACCGGCUGAAUGACCGCACCUUGAAGAAUACGUACCCUCCCCCUUCCUUCCCGUCCAAUAAAGCUCCCGCUGCGAAACCUGCCGAGCCCGCCCCCGCCGAUCCCGAAGAGCUCCCGGCGCCCACGGCCCAGGCUCCCCCGUCCCCAGCUUCCACCGCGACCCCGCCGCCCACCCCCACGCUGCCCCAGCCGCCGGCCCUGCCGCCCUUGGCCGCGGAGGAGGCCGAGUGCCUGGAUGUGGAUGACCAGGACGAAGGAAGCCCGGUGGCCCAGGAGCCCGAGCCCGCCCCCGGGGGCGGGAGCAGCGGCGGGGUGGGCCGGAAGGAGCAGCUGUCGGUGAAGAAGCUCCGCGUGGUGCUGUUCGCCCUGUGCUGUGACACGGAGCAGGCGGCCGAGCACUUCCGGAACCCGCAGCGCCGCAUCCGCCGCUGGCUCCGGCGCCUCCAGGCCUCCCAGUGGGAGGCCCUGGAGGGCAAGUACCUGAGCUUCGAGGCGGAGGAGAAACUGGCCGAGUGGGUGCUCACCCAGCGCGAGCAGCAGCUCCCGGUCAACGAGGAGACCCUGUUCCAGAAGGCCACGAAGAUCGGGCGCUCGCUGGACGGGGGGUUCAAGAUCUCCUACGAGUGGGCCGUGCGCUUCAUGCUGCGGCACCACUUGACUCCCCACGCCCGGCGCGCCGUGGCCCACACGCUGCCCAAGGACGUGGCCGAGAACGCGGGCCUCUUCAUCGAAUUCGUGCAGCGGCAGAUCCACAACCAGGACCUGCCCCUGUCCAUGAUCGUGGCCGUCGACGAGAUCUCCUUGUUCCUGGAUACGGAGGUGCUGAGCAGCGACGACCGGAAGGAGAACGCCCUGCAGACGGUGGGCACCGGGGAGCCUUGGUGCGACGUGGUGCUGGCCAUCCUGGCGGACGGCACCGUCCUCCCCACCAUGGUUUUCUACCGAGGACACGUGGACCAGCCCGCUAACGUGCCGGACUCCAUACUGCUGGAGGCCAAGGAGGGCGGCUACAGCGACGACGAGAUCAUGGAGCUGUGGUCCACCCGGGUGUGGCAGAAGCACGCCGCCUGCCAGCGCGGCAAAGGCAUGCUGGUGAUGGACUGCCACCGCACCCACCUGUCUGAGGAGGUGCUGGCCCUGCUGAGCGCCUCCAGCACUCUGCCCGCCGUGGUCCCCGCAGGCUGCAGCUCCAAGAUCCAGCCCUUAGACGUGUGCAUCAAGCGGACAGUCAAGAACUUCCUGCACAAAAAGUGGAAGGAGCAGGCCCGGGAGAUGGCAGACGCCGCGUGCGAUUCCGACGUCCUGCUGCACCUGGUGGUGGUCUGGCUGGCCGAGGUGCUGGCCGUCAUCGGGGACUGCCCGGAGCUGGUUCAGCGGUCCUUCCUCGUGGCCAGCGUCCUGCCGGGCCCCGACGGCAACAUUAACUCGCCCACAAGAAACGCUGACAUGCAGGAGGAGCUCAUUGCCUCCCUGGAGGAGCAGCUGAAGCUGAGCGGGGAGCAGUCUGAGGAGCACUCGGCUUCCACCCCCCGGCCCAGGUCCUCCCCCGAAGAGACAGCCGACCCCGAGAGCCUCCACCAGCUCUUCGAGGGGGAAAGCGAGACCGAGUCCUUCUAUGGCUUUGAAGAAGCUGACCUCGAUCUGAUGGAGAUUUGA